CUCUAGCUCGCCGAGCUCCAGCCGAAGAAGGGGGGCGGGUAAGUAAGGAGGUCUUUAUACCAUGGCUCGUACAAAGCAGACUGCUCGCAAAUCCACCGGUGGAAAAGCACCCAGGAAGCGACUGGCUACAAAAGCCGCUCGCAAGAGUGCGCCCUCUACUGGAGGGGUGAAGAAACCUCAUCGCUACAGGCCUGGGGCUGUGGCACUCCGUGAAAUACGACGUUAUCAGAAGUCCACUGAACUUCUAAUUCGCAAACUUCCUUUCCAGCGUCUGGUGCGAGAAAUUGCUCAGGACUUUAAGACAGAUCUGCGCUUCCAGAGCGCAGCUAUUGGUGCUUUGCAGGAGGCAAGUGAGGCCUAUCUGGUUGGCCUUUUUGAAGACACCAACCUGUGUGAUAUCCAUGCCAAACGUGUAACAAUUAUGCCCAAAGACAUCCAGCUAGCACGCUGGAUGGGAAAACAUAUCAUUAUCAAAAAAAAAAAAAAUUCUCUUCUUCCUUUAUUGUAUCUGCAGUAA